AUGCUUCAAUUUGUUGCUCAGCGAUUGCCAUUUGAACGCUUGUCUGUCUCACAAGAAUUUGCUUACAAUUUAUUCCCAGAGAACAAAUUCAAGCAACAUUUUAUUGAGAAUAUCCCUGCAGAUAACGAAAUCACGCUCUACAAAUGCGGACCUUUUGUUGACCUUUGCAGAGGUCCCCAUCUGAAAAGAGGGAUCACCGUAUUAUUUGGCAAGAAUCAGGGGCUAUUUGCAACACAUCCAACAAGUCCAGGAUCUGCGUUCAUGUUGCCACAUGGAACUAGGAUUGUAGAGAAGCUGAUGCGGUUUAUGAGACAGCAAUAUCGCAAAUAUGGCUUCGAAGAAGUGAUGACCCCAUUGAUGUACAAGAAGGAGCUGUGGGAGACUUCGGGACAUUGGCAGAACUACAAGGACGAUAUGUUUCAGCCAAUGAAUUGUCCUGGUCAUUGUUUGAUUUUUGAUAUGUCGAACCGAUCAUAUAAGGAUUUACCUAUUCGCUAUGCUGACUUUAGUGCUCUUCACAGGUAUGCUGCUAUCAUUAGCUUUAAAAACUUCCGUUUCCCAUCCUAUGAACUUGCACUGUCGAACACGCCGCUCACCAACUAUAUGGGCACGACUGAAGACUGGAAUGCCGCAGAAGACUCACUCCGUCAGGCAUUGGACCAAUCGGGGCUCUCCUGGUCUGUUAAUGAAGGCGAUGGUGCGUUUUAUGGACCCAAGAUUGAUAUUCUGGUCAAAGAUGCGCUCGGUCGACGGCAUCAGACUGCUACGAUUCAAUUGGACUUCCAGUUGCCACAGAGAUUUGGAUUGGUAUUUCAGGAUCAAAAGGGUGAGAAGCAGACUCCUGUGAUUGUACAUCGUGCAGUGUUAGGAAGCGUGGAGAGAAUGAUGGCGAUUUUGAUUGAGCAUACAGGUGGCAGGUGGCCAUUCUGGAUCUCACCAAGGCAGGCCAUGGUUGUGCCAGUUGAAAGCACAACAAACCAUGGCGAAUCAUUAAUAGGAUAUGCCGCCUAUGUCAAAGAGACCCUGGCGAAAGCAGGACGAACGCCAAAUCCCGUUGUUGCGAUGGAUGACAAGCACUACUUUGUGGAUAUUGAUCAAUCAGGAGGAACACUCAACAAAAUGGUCCGAGAUGCACAAGUAGCUCAAUAUAACUUUAUUUUAGUGAUUGGUGAGAAAGAGAAGGAGCGGUGCACAGUGAAUGUACGGACGAGAGAAGGAGAACGAUAG